GCACGAUUUUGCCUAUCUUGCGCCCUCAACCGACUCUUCCCUCGCCCGUCCCGUCAACGACCUCCGCUCGCUGCCCUCCAUCGCCAUCGCCGGGACCAAUUCCCUUGCUCGGUCUGCCAGGGAUCAUAGUAGUAUCCCUCUCCACGGCCUUAAUUGCCAAUAGCAUUGGGCGACGCGUUUCUGAUCCGCUGCGCUGCUCUUACCUUUUACUCCAGACACGAACCCCCCCCACUGUCGCUUCUGCCACUCGUUCGGUGUGUCAAUAUCUCGAAACCCGGCUUGGUCUGUCCUCAGGAUAAAUUCACAAAUUGGGCGGGUUGAAGUUCUUUGGAACGGAGCCGAGAAUAACAACAACAAAGCCCCGCCCGCCCCCUCGAAAGACCUCCGAUCUUCUCGAAUCCCCUCUCUCCACAUCAAGAACACAUCACGGACGGACACACGACCAAUUCACAUCCCGAAAUCAAGCACUCGCAAAGAUGAAUAUCAACAAGAAGCUCGACAGGGUCAAGCAGUGGGCCGGCGAGAAGAUGGGCGCGGAGUCCAAGACCAACGUUUCCGAGGAGUUCAAGGCUUUGGAGAUGGAGAUGCAACUCAGAUAUGAGGGUAUGGAAAAGCUCCAAAAGUCCAUGACCAUCUACGUCAAGUCUCUCUCGAAGCGCAACGAAGUCGAGGACAAGGAGAAGAUACUGCCAGUAGGAUAUCUGGGUCAGACUAUGAUACACCAUGGCGAGGACUUCGAGCCUGAUUCGGAAUUUGGAAACUGCCUCAUAAGUAUGGGCAGAACAAACGACAGAAUCGCAAGAAUCCAAGAAAGCUACGUUGCAAAUGCUACUACAGGAUGGCUCGAGUCUUUAGAACGAUCAUUGGCCAUGAUGAAGGAAUAUCAGGCUGCCCGAAAGAAGCUCGAAAACCGCCGACUUGCCUACGAUGCAUCUCUUUCCAAGAUGCAAAAAGCCAAAAGGGAGGAUUUCAGAGUCGAGGAGGAACUUCGUUCGCAGAAAGCCAAAUAUGAGGAAUCCAGCGAGGACGUCCUCCGACGGAUGCAGGAUAUCAAGGAGGCGGAGGCAGAUAGUGUUGCAGACCUAGGAGCCUUCGUUGAUGCCGAGUUGGAGUACUAUGACAGAUGCCGCGAUGAGCUACUCCGUCUGAAGAGAGAUUGGCCUGCUGGUCAGACCUCUCCAUCGCGUGAGCAACGACGACAGAACCCUCGAUCUCGUUCAAACACAGCACACUCUUAUAACGAGAGAUAUACCAGCUAUGAGGAGACCCCAAUGCCAGAACCAGAGCUCCCUAUCCGACCGUCCAUCCGGUCGCAAGGCAGAGUCGCCUCCUCUUCACGGCUCGAUACUCGUCUCGAUACCCAUGACGAAUAUCCCCAGGUCGAAUCCCCGCAAAGACCAAACUUUGGCAGAUCCACCACAUUCCAAGGCCCAACUGCUAUUUACCGUGCAUCAACGCCUGUCAAUGGUCGCAAAGCUUCCGUCCCUCCAGACCCUGGCGCACUCAGAGCACAACUUCGCCCUGCCAGCCGAAUUAAUACAAAUGGUCCUGAUGUAUUUGGUGAUCCAUCUGACGAUUCGACGAUGAAUAGCGGCAGCCCGGAAGAUCGAAGUUACAGAGAGCGGUCCGUGAGCCCCGCCACAUCUCAGGGGAGCGUAGCCAGCCGGACACAGACCCAUUCAACCUUGAACGGCGCCACCAACGCCAGAAAAGGACCCCCUCCACCGCCCCCAAGCAGGGCCAAAAAGCCUGCGCCCCCACCACCGCCCAUGAAAAGGGCAGAGAUCAGCUCAACGAGCGUAAACCGAUAUUAA